AUGUCAUAUCCAUCAGUCAUGACGACCUUAAUCCAAAACCCUCGGUUGCGCCUACUUAAUGCUCUGCGAGCUGGCUCAAAACCUAUUAUGACCUUUUUGGGGCUUCCGUCCUUCCGCACAGCCCAAGUUGUGGCUCAGACCGGCGUCGAUGGUAUUAUUAUUGACUGUGAGCAUGGAUACAUUAGCGAUGAUUCCAUGCACAGCUCGACUGCCGCUAUCGCUGCGCUGGGGGUGUCGCCGCUUGUUCGUCUGAGAAUGACCCAUGCAGAUUUGAUCAAAAGAGCUUUAGAUGCUGGUGCACACGGCAUCGUUGUACCUCAAAUCAACACAGCGGAAGAAGCCAGAACUGUUGUGUCCUAUUCAAAAUUCCCCCCACAAGGGCUUCGAGGGCAAGGCUCAGCGUUUCCAGCCAUCGCUCACGAUAUCGAUAUCCCGACAUACAUGAAUACGGCGAACGAAACGAUUAUCAUAUGUCUUCAAAUUGAAUCAAAAGCGGGAGUCGAGAAUGUUGACGCAAUCUGUGCUGUACCGGGUGUCGAUAUGAUCUUUAUUGGGCCAAACGACCUUGCUCUGUCGGUCCUUGGGUAUCUCCCUGCAAAAGGGGACGAGCCCGAGUUUGUCGACGCAAUCGAAAAGAUCGUGGCAGCAGCUAGAAAACAUGGCAAAUGGGUCUGUCGAUUGUCAAAUAACGGGACUUUGUGUAAGGAACAUCUAAAAGUGUUCGAUACUGUAGCGAUGAGUUAUGAUAUUCGGGCGAUGCAAAACUGGUAUACAGCUGAGCUGGAAAUUGCGCGCUCAUGA